AUGACAUCAAAAUUGCGGGGAAGUCGUUUGGAAGCAGAAGUAGAUCGAGCUCGGACAGAGAGCAAUUGGCGACGAGUGACAGACCUUCUCAGUGCAGUAAAAUCAAAACAUUCUGGCAUGGAUGCGAUGGUUGAGGUUCUGGAAGCUGAAGCACUAUUAGAACAAGAGAUUGAACGAUUAGAUGUUUUUGCUCCACGUGCCGAAAAUUCCAGUUCAUUCUCACAAUCUUCUUCACUGUUGAAAGAAGCCAUUCUACAACGAAAGAACCAUCCAGGGGUUCAACUAGAGGCUCAUUUAUUACUUGCAAAAGUGCUUUAUCUUUGCUCAAAUUAUGAAGAUGCUAUUAAAACAAUUGAAAAAUCCGGUAUGGACUCAGCGAUUACUCAAUUCAGAACGUUACGGGCGCUUCGUUUGGUCGCUGAAGCAUAUUCUAUUAAAGGUUUAUCAAUUGAGGCGCUAGAUGGCACUGGCAGCAAAAAAGCGAUAACGUGUUUUGAACAGGCAGCGGAAUUGGUAAUAUCGUAUGUUGGUGAAUUGGAGAAGUCCAUAUUUGCUGUACCAACUCCGUUACCUUCGAAAGGUACCCCUGUAUCAACAACAAGCACCAUACCAACCCUGCCAACUAUAAAAGCAACCGAGAAAAUGGGUGAAUUUCUGGAAUGCAGUCUUGAACGUGUGGCAAAUCUUCGGCUGAAACAAUUGGCUAUCGAUGGUUUCUUUACCGAACAAGGAGUUGAAUGGUAUCGAAGGAUAAUUAGCAAUCUUGGCGACAAAUCGAUUGGCGAGAAACUGCAACAACGGCUCUCGAUUCAACUAGCUGAGCUGCUUUAUCGGGCGAUUCCGGAUCCUUCUUUGCAUUCAGAAGCUGUGACGCAAAAGAGUAAAAGUUUAGGGUUCUAUACGGGUUCUCAAAAAGGUUAUUAUUCUCCUGCUUCAAAAAUGGAAGAAAUCAUUCUGCUACUCUUGAUAAGCGAAGUACUUGCCACGAGAGAAGUUGUCUUGAGUCGAACGGAAGAGCUCACGAUUUCUCGACACGAAUCUUUACGAAAUGCCAAAUCCGUUUACAAUUUAAUAACACUGCUUUUAUCAUCACUUCAUCAAUAUCAACUUUUGAGCAAUAUCUAUGAACGAGCCAUGAAGUUUGCUAACCAGGACAACUAUCUGUGGUAUCAGUUCGGAUUGUGUUUAAUAUGUCGGGGACGUUGGCUUCGCGCUUCAAGAGUUUUGAAAGAAUGUUUAGACAUAGAACAUAAGGAUGAAGAAGUAGCUAGUGAAUAUCUUAUGGCAUCAUUGCUCCACAUUGAACACUUAGGGCAAUUUGAACAAGCUGUUGCCUAUGCAGAUCGGGCCGCACUUCUUGCUGAAAAUAAAUAUUUGCGAGUUCGAGCGAAUGUAUUAAGAUCAAUUGGGUUGAGUCAAAUGGCUUUGUGCGAAGCAACUUUCGAGGCUCGUCGAGAUGGACUGCAGAAAUCGAUUGAUGUUUUGGAGAAGUGCAUUGAGGCUGAUCCGCAUGAUUAUCUGGCACUAUAUUAUUGCGCUCUUCAACAUGCGAUUGUACGUGAUUUGGAUUCAGCCAAAGAUAGAUGUUUGCGAAGUCUAGAGGCUAAUGCCGAGCAACCUUCCGCGCUAAUGUUGUUGGCUCUUCUUUUUACAUGCGAAGGAGAUCUUAAAUCUGCAUUGGAGCUUGUUCUUACGGCCUUGAAAGAUUUUCCGGAGAAUUAUGGGUUAUUGGUGCUACGGCUACAUUUAGAAAAACGCUUUGGGCGAGUUGAAGAAGCCUUAGACACUGCAGCUCAUCUGUUGCAGUUUUGGAAAAAGAAAGAACCUUUUUAUGUAACCACAGAAUACGAAGAAAAAUCUCAACAAACGGUUCACGGUGCAGAUGCAGCUAGUUUGUUUCGAGAAGGAAGUAUAGCUCGCACAGGAACAGUUUCUUUGGGCCGCGAGACGACGCCUCUUUUCACUGGUCCGUUAGGCAUCCCGACUCCAUCAUUAGCAAUCUCUUCGCAAAGUAGUCAACUUGGACUUGAUAUGAGUGAUAGUGGCGUUUUAACAGCUGGUGCUGCUUCGGAUUAUGGGGCCCAAUCAACCGCUGACUCGUCUGAUGCUUUUGGUACAAAUUCGGCUUUUGCCAACAGAGCAUAUUUUCGAGCACAAGCAAACAUAUGGACAACUCUUGCUGAACUCUUUUUGGAUGAGGGUCGACUAAAUGAUGUAACUCCAUGUGUUGAACAAGCUAUUGCCCUUUUUCCAAACUCACAUCAAGCGCUCUAUUUAAAGGGAACUCUUUGUCUAGCUCGUGCUGAACGGGCUCAAGCCGAUUCCCAGAUACAUUCGAAACUGCUCGGUGACGCUAAAGUUUUUUUACUAUCGGCGAUUGCGAUGUCUCCUUCUCAUACUGAAAGUCUCGUUCAAUUGGCUAAGCUUUAUCGACUCGAACGUAAUUAUGGCAUGGCAGAACAAGUAUACAGAGAGUUGGUGCGUUUGGAUCCGUUGUGGUGUGAUUGGUGGCAAGCUCUUGGAGAAGUGCUGUUCGCAAGUGGCAACGACAUGGAGAAAGCGGCCGAAGCACUCGCAAUGGCUGCAUCACUUGACAGAUCGACGCCGAUAUUGUCAUUUACAUGUAUUCCUCUCGUGUUUCCAAGUCAUUUCACU